GUUUCGCCGAGGGCAUGAAGGCCAUCGUGGCCAGGGAGUGGCAGGAGGUCGCGCUGCGGAUGCAGGACAUCAACUGGACCACAGUUCCCGUGAAGCGGAACCUCCGGCCGGGACUGGCACGACCUGUCUUCGUGGACUGCGACUUUCAGGAGUUCGCAGAUGCCUUGGCGAAGGAGAUGGAGGAGGACCAGGAGGCACAGGCCAAGCUCGGUGCCACCGUGGCGGCCAUCCGGCGGCUCUCCGACCGGUACCUCAUGCUCACGCCUCCCUAUGUG